CCGCCUCUUCCACGCGGCGGCGGAUGCACCAUUCCGCCAGAAAAGAAAGAUGAGGGUGCCCCGCCCGCCCUGUCUAUCGUCUGCUCGAUCCUUUGUCUCCUGGAAAUUUCCCUUCCCUUAUUAUGACCGCCCUCCUCGCGCCGUUUGCUAGAUGACCCUCUUCUUUGUUCACCUCCCUUCCCGCCCUCACGCGACCGAGUCCUUUUAUUCCUUGGUGACGAUGCCGAACCCUCUCACCAAGCUGUUCCCGAGUCAACGCGGGCCCAAACAGGUCGACAGUGGUUUUCCGUACAGACAAUUGGGCGUCCUGGCAAUAUGUCGCCUAUGCGAACCAAUCGCCUUUAUGUCAAUAUUUCCCUAUGCAUAUCGUAUGAUUGAAUCGUUCAACAUCACCCGAGAUGAAUCACAGAUCUCGGUGUAUGCAGGAAUGCUCAUUACGGCCUUCGCCUUUGCCGAGUUUUGUUCCGGAAUCAUUUGGGGCCAACUUAGCGACCACGUCGGUCGCAAACCCGUCUUGAUAAUGGGUCUUGCAGGGACUGCCUUGAGCAUGAUAUGCUUUGGGUUUGCGCCGAAUUUGCCGCUUGCCAUAGUUGCCAGAGCCAUCGGCGGGGUCCUGAACGGCAACGUGGGAGUGCUGCAGACCACUGUAGCAGAGCUCGUGACGAAAAAGGAGCAUCAGCCUCGCGCGUAUUCCAUCAUGCCAGUGGUCUGGAGUAUUGGCUCCAUCAUCGGUCCCUCCAUAGGCGGGGCUUUGGCCAUGCCAUGUGAAUCGCUUGGAUUUCGCCGAGGCGGUCUGUUCGACAAAUUCCCUUUCUUGUUACCCAACCUUGUCUGCGUUGCAGUGCUCCUCUGCGGUAUUGCUGUUGGUAUUCUGUUCCUCGAAGAAACACAUGUCGGGGAUAAGGGUUACCGUGACAUCGGCCCUGUGUUGCUCAUGCUGAUCCUCCAACGGCUCGAGUUUUUGAAAAUGUUUUCACCACGGCGCAUUAAAGCUUGGUUUGCCCCCAGAAAUCAGACGGAUCCCUUUGAUCAUUGCGAUCCACCCCCGGGUUACCGGAGUACGGAAAGCUCGCCGUUGCUGCGCUCAACGAAAGAGGUGGACUUGGAGAUGUCGCUCGAGAAAGAAAUGCGCAGCCCGGCCAGACCCUUCAGUAGGCAGGUGAAAGUGAUCAUCUUUGCCUAUGCGAUCCUAGCUUACCACAGCGUUUCAUUUGACGCCUUGAUGCCCACCUUUCUCAGCGAAGAACGCAUGCAGUCGAAGCCCGUUCUUCCGUUCCGAUUCUCGGGAGGCUUCGGCAUGAACACCCGAGCUAUCGGUUUCAUGAUGGCGGUUCAGGGCGUCUAUUCGAUCUUUGCGCAAUUUUUCAUCUUCCCCUACAUGGCGCGACGCUUUGGUCCUCUCAAUGCGUCUCGGAUAGCGUUGACUAUCUGGCCUUUGCUGUACUUUGCGGUGCCAUAUUUGGUGCUUGUUCCGGAACACUUGCAGAAAACGGGCAUCUAUGCCGCUCUUCUGACCAAAAUCACGUUUCAAGCGAUAUCAUUUCCCUCGAAUGCAAUUCUCCUUGCUAAUGCCGUUUACUCCAAGAAAGUACUAGGAAGAGUCAAUGGCACUGCUGCGUCGAUGGCGUGCUUGGCUCGUGCCUUUGGGCCCGUUGUGACGGGCUUGGUACACACAGCUGGACUGAAACUUGGUUGCAGCGGUUUGGCGUGGUGGGCAGGCGGACUUGUCUGCGCCGCUGGAGCUCUGGAAAGCUUCUGGAUGGAAGAUCCCGAUGGACGCCCGGAUCGUCCUUCGAGCGAAGGAGAAGAACGCACCUGCGAGCCGUUAAUGCACCCUUCUGUGGUUGACGGAGGUGACGACUGCGUCUCACCUCGCAAUGAGCGGUUGGCUUUCAUCGACGACCUGGAUCUUACCGAGACCAAUCCAGAGAAGGCAUGACCCGACGACUUCACAAACAGCAGGACUGCUUGGAAUAUUCUGUUUCACACAUGGUUGGGAAUUCGGCAACCUCUUCGGUCACCCACUGUCAGCACCUCGUCUUGGAUGCUAGCGUUCAACAUCUGGAGGCUGAUCGACUACCGCCGGCUUCUCGCUCGAAAUGUGCGAAAUCUCCUUUUUCCUACUGAUGACCUGGAUUUACGGUAACAAAAAGACUGGCUUUCAAUGCGGCGCGAGCUGCGACACCUAUAACAUGGAAUCAAUUAGAGAUCUCUGGACGGCGAAGGAAUCGAUGGGGAUUGUUGGGAAGACGUUUUGUUUGGGACGGCGCGUUUGCUCUUCUGCGUUUUGCACCUAUGCAGUGCUCUCGGUUUUGUUAUUGUUUGUGCUUUGUUUUGUACUCUCGUUUCCAUCACUCGAAAAAAUACUGGGAGGUCUUUUGUCCAAGAUACCUUGCGGGCUUUCGCCUGGCAACUUGAAAUGUCUGUCUUUAUCGAUUGGGGGGGCGUCGCGAAGUGGCUUGGUGGCAGCUCUCGCAAUCUGUGUGUGUAACUAUAGCUUGUACGUUAGGAGAAAUGAGAUAGGAGCGAGUGAGUCGGAAUGACGACCGCCGAACGAGAUGAAGUGAUUAGAG